AUAGCGCCAUGUUGCUUUUAGAUGAUACUGACAACUUGCCGCGCUCUGAUUGGCCGAUCGUCGCCUAAACGUCAGUUGUCAGUGGUUGUCGCCCAUGUUUGUUGAAAACUUUGAACAGUUUAAAUUAUUUUCAAUUGCAAUAAAGUGUUGAUCGAGUGAAGUUCUUGUACUUAUCCUCUCCGCUUUAUUUGUGAUUCAUCCAUCACCCAGUUCUGCAAGCAUUUAUGCAUUGUGCAAAAUGUAUUAUCAGUGCUGUGUGUGUAAAACUCUGCGAAAGGACGCUUUUACUUUGUACCGUUUUCCUAGUACUGAGAAAAGACUCAUUAUGUGGUUGAAGUGUUUGGAAACAAAUGGUUUUGGAAAUAUGUCGCCGGAGCAAGUUCGAAAAGCUUUUAUUUGUGAGAAACACUUCGAACAGCGGUUUGUUUCGGCAUCGACACGGCGUCUCAACGCGAAGGCUUAUCCUUCGUUAUUCAGUCAAGAUGAGAUUAACAGUGGGAUCCCAUCUCAUGAAAAUGCCGAAAACAUGGAUCCGCUGAAAGAACAUGCAUAUGUUCGUAAAUCACAUGACGACCACACAUACUGUCAACAAGUGCCUCAAAAAGCGUCUCCUGCCAUUCCAUCCACAUCGGGGGUUAAAUCAACCGCAGUGGGCCAUACACCAAAACAGACUAUGGCCGUUUCUAUAGCCACAGAACCUGUCCCGACAACUUCAGACAUUGAAAAGGAGACCAUGCCCGAACUAUGCAGCAGCUUUAUUACAGAACUUGUUGUAGCUGAGAAGGUUACAGCUUGUAUUUCACCUAGUGUACAGUCACACAAUGAAGCAGUCUUUGUAACAACUGCUGAAGCUGCAAUCAAACAAUCAAAUGCUGAAGAGCAGCAGAUUUUGCCAGAAGCAAAUAUUCCAGAAUGUGUUGCGGUUGAGGAGGUUACCUCUACCAAUUCACCAAGGGAACAGUCUCAAGUUCUAACAGUCUUUGUAACAACUGCUGAAGCUGCAAUCAAACAAUCAAAUGCUGAAGAGCAGCAGAUUUUGCCAGAAGCAAAUAUUCCAGAAUGUGUUGCGGUUGAGGAGGUUACCUCUACCAAUUCACCAAGGGAACAGUCUCAAGUUCUAAGUUAG